AUGUCUGCAGAAGAGAGCACUGAAGACUUUGAAGAGUGUGAAACCAAUACUAGAACCACUUUUAGUUUGGCAGAAGAGAGCACCGAAGACUUUGAAGAGUGUGAAGACAAUACUAGAACCACUUUUAGUUUGGGUUUGGAAAGUAAUAAUUGUGUGGAUUUAAGUUUAGAAGUAAGUGAAAAUAUUCGUGAAUCUUUAGGUUUAGAAUUAGGGAUAGUAAAAGAUAAUAGUUGUAUGGGUUCGAAAGUAAGUGAAGUUAAUACUGGAUCUAUUUUUGGUCUAGAAUUAGAUAGUAUAGAUCCGGAAGUAAGUGAGGAUAAUUUUGAGCCUAUCUUGAGGCUUGAAUUAGAGUUGGCAAAAGAUAAAGGUGGUUUAGAUUUGGAAGUAAGAGAAAAUAGUAAAGAUUUAGUAAAAAAUAAUAGUAGUGUAAAUUCGGAUUUGGAACUAGCGGAAAGUAGAUCUAAUAUAGCAUCAGAUUUUGGGUCAGGUUCUGUAUAUUCAUUAAGUUUUGAAAAAGAUCUCUCAAAUGCUAUACAAAAAAUAAAACAUGAAAAAAAUAUUGCCAGCUCAGAUGCUUCUCAAUUGUUAAAUGAUAGAUUAUGUGGUAUAUUUUGGAUGACAGGAGACCAAAUUAUGUUGUGGACCCAUUACUUAGAUAUCAUUUUACAUGAUAAUACCUCAAGAACUAAUAAAUAUAACUAUCCUUUAUCAUUGUUUAUACUUGUUGAUAAUGAUAGAAAAUCAUGGUUAGGGGCACAAGUCUUUAUAAAUGAUAAGAUACAAAAAAGUUAUGAGUGGAUAUUACAACAGACAUUAAAUGCAACUGGUCUUGAACCACAACUUAAAAAUAAACUUGGUUCUGCUGAUUACAAAGCAUUUAUUAAUGACUUUUGGAAAAUGUGCAAUGUAUUAUAUGUUAAUAUUUUUGAACAAAGGUUUCAAACUUUAUUGGAUAUAUAUCCUAAUGCUAAUAAGUAUUUGCAUGAUCUGAUUUAUACAACAUGCUAUUCUUGGGCAUAUGCUUUUACAAGCCGAAUAUUUAUAGUUGCUAAUGUAGUAGAAGCGUUAGAUUCUCAAAUACAACAAAAAGCUAUGAAUAAGAGUUUUAUAGCUUGGAAAUACAAGUCAACAAUAUAUCAACAACUAUUCAUUAAUAAAGUUGAUUUGGUUUCUAGUGAGCCUUUUGUUGAAGCAUCGUCUAAAGGAUUUAAGAGGUUCCAAUCUGAUAAUUUACAAGAAACAUAUCCUAUUCCUAAAUAUUAUAAUAAUAUGCAAGAAAGUCAGAUUUAUCAACAUAUAUAUAAAAAAUUAUAUUAUAGUCAGCUUAUAGAGUAUUUCAAAAAAGCAUUAAACUAUUUGCUAGAAGAUAAUAAUCAAAAAGCAUUAGAUGAUAUUAUAUUGUCUUAUAUUUCAAAAAAAGAAGCAAAUCAGAAAACAGAUAUGCAACCGAAUCAAAAGGUUUUAAAAGAAAAUACGGGUUUAAACUGCGAGAUUAGAUUGUCUAAUGGUCAUAUAUAUAAUGUGGAUAAUAUAAAAGAUCUAAUAAAACAUCGAGGUAAAGGCAGGCCUCUAAACAAGCAAAUAAAAGAUUAUAAUGAAAAAAAUAAAGUAGAUAGCCAAAAACAAAGUAAUAAUGAUAUAAUCGAUAAUGAUAAUUCUGGUAGUUGUAAAUGUGGUUUAUAUUAUAAAACUGGUCAUUAUGCUCCAAAAUGUCUUACUAAAAAUAGUGAAUGUUAG